AUGCAAAUUUCAAAGAUGGCGGCGGAGGGAGGAGGGAAGGAGAUGAACGAAAUUAAAACUCAGUUCACCACCCGAGAAGGCGCGUACAAACUCCUUACACACUCCGAAUAUAGCCGCCCCAACAGGGUGCCUUUCAAUUCACAAGGCUCAAAUCCCGUCAAAGUCUCUUUUGUGAACGUCAAUGACCAGUCUGGAAACGGCGACAGAAUCUGCUUCAAUGUGGGCCGGGAGCUCUACUUCUACAUCUACAAAGGCGUCAGGAAGGCUGCUGACUUAAGUAAGCCAAUAGACAAGAGGAUAUACAAGGGAACACAGCCCACUUGUCAUGACUUUAACCAUCUCACUGCCACGGCUGAAAGUGUGUCACUACUUGUGGGCUUUUCAGCUGGACAGGUUCAGCUUAUUGACCCUAUCAAGAAAGAGACGAGUAAGCUCUUCAAUGAAGAAAGACUAAUAGACAAAUCUAGAGUGACAUGUGUAAAAUGGGUUCCUGGUUCUGAGAGCCUCUUCCUUGUAGCCCAUUCCAGUGGGAGCAUGUAUCUGUACAAUGUGGAGCAUGCAUGUGGUACUGCUGCACCCCACUACCAGCUGCUCAAGCAAGGCGAAAGUUACACUGUGCACACAUGCAAGAGCAAGUCAACACGCAACCCCUUGUUGAAGUGGACAGUAGGCGAGGGGGCAUUGAAUGAGUUUGCUUUCUCACCUGAUGGCAAGUUUGUGGCAUGUGCAAGCCAGGAUGGCUUCCUGCGUGUGUUCCAUUUUGAUGGUGCUGAGCUACAUGGAACCAUGCGCAGCUAUUUUGGUGGUCUGCUUUGUGUGUGCUGGAGUCCAGACGGUCGCUACGUAGUAGCAGGUGGCGAGGAUGAUCUGGUGACUGUUUGGUCAUUUAGUGAGCGGCGUGUGGUUGCUCGAGGUCAUGGUCACAAGUCCUGGGUAAGUGUGGUGGCCUUCGACCACUACACCACCAGCGUAGAGGAGACUGAACCAAAUGAGUUCAGUGGCAGUGAUGAUGACCUACAGGAGCAAGCACUCGCAGGUCGUGAGCGUGCCAACAGCACACACUCACGGCUCUCAAAACGAAACUCUACAGAUGGACGUCCACUCAGCGUUACCUAUCGUUUUGGAUCUGUGGGACAGGACACUCAGUUGUGCCUAUGGGACUUGACUGAGGACAUUUUGUUCCCACAUCUACCAUUAUCUCGAACCAGAACCCAUACCAAUGUCAUGAAUGCCACAAGUCUCCCGGUCACAGGAAGUGGAGGAGGAGGUGGAACAAUAAUCACAAACAUCAACAACCCAAGUGCCAAUGGAGGAAACAGCAGCAGCAGUAACAGUGGUUCCAAUACCCCAGGCAACUCUGUGCCUGCACCGCUGCCACGCUCCAACAGCCUUCCACACUCAGCUGCCUCCAGUGGCAGUGGCAACAGCAAAGGUGGCACGAUGGACAACACCAAUGUAGUUCCCUCAAGUGUAAGCAAGUUUGCUACACUGGCACUGCAUGAGCGCAAGGAGCGACACCAUGAAAAGGAGCACAAGCGCAACCACAGCAUGGGCCACAUCAGCAGCAAGAGCAGUGACAAACUGCAUCUGCUUGCGAAGACGAGCAGAGCAGAUGCUGCCAAGACGCUAGGCACACCACUCUGUCCAAGAAUGGAGGAUGUGCCCCUACUUGAGCCACUUGUUUGCAAGAAAAUAUCACAUGAGAGGCUCACUGUACUAAUCUUUCUUGAGGACUGCAUAGUCACUGCAUGUCAGGAGGGAUUUAUUUGCACGUGGGCCAGGCCUGGAAAAGUGGGUUUAUUGUCAUCCCAAAAUCAAGCCAACUCACCCAGUGGAACAGUAGUAUAGCCACAAUAUAUCUGCUGCUAAGAACCCUACAUCAAGCUGUCAACAUAGAGAGCCCUGUGCUGCUCUUUACAUUUAGAGCAUUUUUUGUCUAUUAGUUCUCUCUUUUUCCUUUUCUGUGUUUUUUUCCAGUUCCUUUCUCAGCAGUUGCCUCACAUGGUCUACCUGCACUGUGGACAUGCUUAUACUGUGCAUAAAUAGUGCAACUGUGGUGCAGUGAUAGACUGUGACCAUGGUGGUGUUAUGCCCUUAACCCUUUUCUCUUUAAAAAGAAAAGUAUUUAUUUUUGGGGUUUUUUUUUUUUAUACAAACAUUUCACUUUUUCCCUGAUGCGAGUUGGAAACCCUGGGCUGAAGCGAAAACAAGGAAGUGCUUUCAUCUAUUUUUUUUUUCUUUCUUUCAUAUGGACUCACUCCCCGACCCUAAGAACUUUGCACUGAUUUUAUUUUGACUUCUCUUUUUUGUAAGUACUCUAAAGGAUAAAAGACACAAAAAAAAUCUGGGGAUGGCCUUGUUGCACUUGGCUUUAUAUCCUCUGGCUUGAAAUUUGAAACUGAAUAGCUGGAUGCUGCAAUCAAAGUGUUUUUUGUUUUUUUUUUGUUUGUUUGUUUUUUGUUUUUUAAGAAAAUUGUUUGCACUUAAUAGUUUAUUAGAAGAGAAUGGCUUUACAUAAUGUGUGCAAGGACUCAAACUGGUAUAACAUGGAAAAUGAAAUGAUUAAAAAAUUUGUAUCUAUUGAGCAUUUAUUUUAAUAUUGUUUCAGAUUAAAAUCUGCUUUGUAUUAUAUGUAUAAUAUUGUAAUUCAGUGAUUAAUGGGGCAAAAACAGAUGAUCAGUACUACUCUAGUGGACGUUUUUGUCAUCAUUAAAGGAAAUAGUGAUAUUUCUAAGGUGGAAAAAUACACAAUGAUAUUAAAAAAAAUCUUGAAUAUG